AAGGGCUGAGACAUACAUCGUGUGAUUUGAGAGGCUUCUGAUCUCUUGAGGAGGGAAGAACUAGAAUGUAAUCAUGUAAAGUAAUCCACACAAGAAUCCAGGUGAGCAUGUGGCUGUUGGUUUUGCAUAUAUAAUUCUAGCGACCUAGGUGUCAGAUUUUGGAGAUCCUGAACAAUGGUUUGACUUCACCUGAAGCCCUGAGCUUGCAGCCAACUUGUCUAGAUUUAACUUUGUUUUUGCAGUUAACUUGCAAGCUUCUUAGAAGCAAACUAACUACCCAUGGAAAUUCUUUGUGUACGCUGCCGCAUUGCUUCAUAGGGAAAGGAGGACCGUGGCAGUGUGUGCUGCUGGAGAGGAGAGAGCUGCAGCCCUCUUGGGCCUGGGCUGGGCGCCAUGACCGACCUGGAUCUCCACUGUGCAGGGCUUGUUCGUCUGUGGGUGGAAUGCUGGUAUCUGUGCUGCUCAUCCUCUUCUUUGGACCCUUUGGGGGUGCUCUGGGGUCAUCAGGCUCCAUCACUGUUUUGUCCCUGCCUCAGUGUCAUCUCUCAUCUCUUGGCUGUGCUGGAAUUGUUGGUGCUCAGUGCUGGCUGCUCUGUGCUUCUCAUCCAGCUCAGGCACUUUCUGCUUCCUUGUUAUAACCUUUUGCUCAACCAGACCUGGGAUUUCCAGACUCAGUCUCUCGCUUCUCUUUCUCCCCUUCCUCUGAUUGCCAUCUCUCCUCUCCUGCCCAGCUUCAUGCUAUAUUUUGGUCCCCUCGACCGUUCUCACACCCUACUGCAGUGCUUUCUCAAGGCUCUGUCUCCUGCACAUCCGUGGGGCACAAGCCAAAGGGUCACGAAAGCAACAGAUGAGGUUGUCUUCCUGCUGUCACUUCCAAUGUCUGGUCUUUGGCAGAUGGGAGCAGCAGUUACAGGGGAAAUCCUGCUAAUCUCCUGUAACUUGAGCCUGUUACACGCUCAGUCGCACUGUGGGGCUGGUGCCUUUCCAGCCACAUACGGCCAUUCGGAGGAGGUGGUGGAUUUACAUUGCAGAGCUCAAAAGGAAAAAUACGAUGAUAUAUCAGCACCGUUUUGUCAGGUCCCGUAGCUUUAUCAGAUAGGACAAUAUUUUUAUAAGAACAGCAAAAGAUGUAGCGUUGAAAAAUAAAAGAAAAAGUAAGGAGAGAACUGCCAAUUUUCAGGACUGCCCUUUGAGGGGAGGGGGCAGAGUUCUCCAGUCAGUGGGUUAUAAGAAUGGCAGAGCAACGUGUUUCUGUCUAGCCUGUCUCAGAAAUGGGCAAACUGCGUUUUGGCAGAAAAGUAAAUAAAUCCUGCAGCAGAUGUCCAGCAUGGAAAAUUUUAACACAGGCAGCUCGAGUCUGGCAAAGUCAGAAGACUGUGGAAAAUCCCAACGAGACGCGCUGGGCCACCUCGAUCAUAGAUUGAGUCGCCAGCCUUGCCAGCAGCGCGACCCAGCUCCAGGUCUCUCGAGGCCUGCUGGAACCAACUGUUUAGGGUUAUUUUUGUCUGUUUUUGAACAUUAGAGUGGAAUGGAGGGGGUGAUUCAGCAGAGAAGGGAGGGCUGCCCUGUAGGAGUCUCUAGGCAGAAGCCAGCAGCAGGAGCCAGCAGAAGCCUGAACUUGCUGGAAUGGAGGAGGGGGGAGAGAGGAGGAGUGUGUCAUGGUCAGAUGGCGGGGACACGAGGGGCAGCCGGCAGGGGGCUGCGGCAGGGGGCCUGCAGUGCUGGAAGGGGCAGACCUUGACAAAUUGGAGGGGAAAUGAUGAAGCCUGAAGGAGAGUUUUUGCUUGCGGGAUGGCAGGGUAAUGGAUUUUGGAAAGCUUCGUUUAUAAUAUGCAAAACAGGCGAUAGGAAACAAUGGGGCCUUGGGACAGAGCUGCUGGUUGAAUGAGGGCUUUGUUUUCCUCUCGUCUAUUCAUAUUUUUAAACUUUCGGUGGAAUUUUAGAUACAUUUUACACGUUUUUAUGUAAGGGAUUGAACUACAUUAACUACUGUCUAAAGUAGUAUUGCACUGCAAUCUUUAUCCCUUUUUGGAUGAAGAUUGACUUCCCGGUUAAGCUCCUUUUUGUAUUCUUUCUUAAUUGCAACUCAUGUUCAAUAAUCCUUUGCUGCAUUGCACUUUUGGUUUAAAACUUCAGCAGAAUUUGUGAGAAAACACCAGACCCUGUGUCCCAAGCAUACUGAUCUGCCCUGGGCAUGGCCAAAAAAUGGCAACUGGUUUCACAGCCUCAGUACUGACAGGCAUUAGUGGUGAGCCACUCACUCUACUGGGCUGUGGGCGCUGCUCGUGUCAUCUGUCUGCCAGGGGUAUUAAAACACCACCAAAUAGGUCGUGUCCUCAUCAAGGAGAAUCCCAUACCUGGAGCUCAUAGCACCUGGUCUCAAAUGUUCUGAAAAAUGCUGCCUGUGUGUGUUGCUGCUAAAUGAGCGCGCUGCACAGUGGGAUCAUGCAGUAUUUAAGUGAGAACAUUGCGAGCUGGAUGGGAGUGCGGUUUUGCUGCAUGUUAGAAUAAAAGGCAGAUUGUUUCAUUUACGGUACGUGGCAAACCUUUCCCAAUAAAACAGCCUCGCUGCAGUUCUGCAGUUUCAGUAAUACUGUUUGUGCAUGCGUUUAUGAUCAGGAGAAGCUUCUAAAAUCCUCGCACAAGCUGGCACCGAGCUGCCGCUGUGAUGCAGGGGAGGGGAGUUGUUUGCUUUUGCCGCAUGUGGUGCUUCAUGGAGGUAUUGCUUUACCUCGCCAGCAGAAGCCCUCUCCUGUGCGAGGGAGAUUCCUGGUUCAUCAGCAUGGAUGUGUUGUUUUUCCACGUUGGGAGCGCCGUGCUGCCGUGUCAAUCACCCCCAUCCAGCGGGUUCGAGAGCGACAGGGCUGACGAUGCGGAGCGUGAUUGGCUGCCAUAUGCUGGGAGGGCUCUGAGAGAAGGAAGGGCUGCAGUCCUCCAGCAACAGAGUUUAGGCUGUGUCUUUGCUUCAUCAUCUGAGGAAAAAUCCCCUGAUAAGGCUCAGGGCUAUCUGAGUGCAAGGAAAAAAAAAAAAAAAAAUAGAAAAAAAAAAAUGGACGGCUAAUCGUUUGGCGUGACAUCCAUUCAUCACAAUGAUGCGAUGGGAAAGGCGCGGCUGUUUGUUGAUGUCAGAUGUUUCUGUUCACAUUGGAAACGUGCCGAAUAGACGGAGCUGAACAAGGUCAGUGAUUUAAAAAGUGCCUUUGUGAAGUCACUUUUAUGAGAGAGGACUGCUACGCCUGUGUUUUCAAAAUACUGUCUUUGCCAGCUAGACGUUGCCUUGACCUUACCUGUGGCGGAAGAUACCUCAACUGUCUUGAUUUGCCAAUUAAUUGAUGGGAAACUGAACUCACCAUAAAAGCAGGAAGAAGGAAUUAUUAUUACUGGGACAUGAACAAAUGAAUGCAUUGCUUUUCUUGUGUAAUCAGUACCAGCAAGCAACCUGCGGCAAACUAAUAUUCCAUCCGAGAGUGCCAUUGCAGUGAAGGACGUGUGCUUGAAACCGGUGCGUCAGUGAUACAAUCAGCAGACCCACAGUUUUACAGACAGAAAUGCUCCUGAGCAUGAUCUUCUUCAGCCAAAAGUCUACAAGCGGGACUUAAUGAUUGAUGAGUGACUGCUCGCCGAUAAACUUUCUCAGUUUAUUCAGUGUUGUGUGAAUUGGACAUCGUUAAUCAUCCCCCACUCCCCACUUUUUUUAAAAAAACUUUUAAAUUGGAAUUAUUUUUUUCUGGUGUUUUGGUUGUUUGUUUUUUUUUUCCUUCAUCAGUAACUUUGGAAAUUUCUUCGGCGUAAUUCGCUUGACGGCGAAAUUCUACACAAAUUCUACAUCAGCCUUUCAUCAUGGCUUUGAAUGUUGCUCCUGUAAGAGAUACAAAAUGGCUAACGUUAGAAGUGUGCAGACAGUUUCAGAGGGGAACUUGUUCACGCUCUGAUGAAGAAUGCAAAUUUGCACAUCCCCCUAAAAGUUGCCAGGUUGAAAAUGGAAGAGUUAUUGCCUGCUUUGAUUCCUUAAAGGGUCGUUGUACAAGGGAGAACUGCAAGUACCUUCACCCACCAACGCAUUUAAAAACUCAACUGGAAAUCAAUGGCAGGAACAACUUAAUCCAACAAAAAACUGCAGCAGCUAUGCUUGCACAGCAAAUGCAGUUCAUGUUUCCAGGAACCCCACUACAGCCAGUGCCCACAUUUCCAGUGGGUCCCACAAUAGGAACGAACACGGCUAUUAGCUUUGCUCCUUACCUAACGCCAGUAACACCAGGAGUUGGCUUAGUCCCGACUGAGAUCCUGCCCACGCCACCCGUCAUUGUUCCUGGAAGCCCACCGGUUUCAGUCCCUGGUUCUACUGCUACUCAGAAACUCCUCAGGACUGAUAAACUGGAGGUGUGCAGGGAGUUCCAGAGGGGAAACUGUGCACGUGGAGAGACUGAUUGCCGCUUUGCACAUCCGGCAGACAGCACAAUGAUUGACACAAACGACAACACCGUAACCGUGUGUAUGGAUUACAUAAAAGGUCGUUGCAUGAGGGAGAAAUGCAAGUAUUUUCACCCUCCUGCACAUUUGCAGGCCAAAAUCAAAGCGGCGCAACAUCAAGCUAACCAGGCUGCAGUGGCAGCCCAGGCAGCUGCGGCAGCUGCGACUGUGAUGACUCAGUCGACUGCCAAAGCAAUGAAGCGACCUCUCGAAGCAACUGUAGACCUGGCCUUUCCUCCCGGUGUUCUUCACCCUUUACCAAAGAGACAAGCACGAAAAAAGCAAUGGUGCCAGUGCCGUUUUCAAUCCCAGUGUCUUGCACUAUCAACAGGCUCUUGCCAAUGCUCAGUUGCAGCAACAUGCAGCGUUCAUCCCGACAGUACCCAUGAUGCACAACGCUACGGCCGCCACUGUCUCUGCAGCAACAACUCCUGCAACAAGUGUUCCCUUCGCCGCAACAGCCACAGCAAAUCAGAUAAUCCUGAAGUAAUCAGCAGGAACGGGACGGAGUGCCACGAAGCCUCCCUGCGGAUGGCCAAGCACGGCUACUGUACAUACUAUCCUGUCUCCUCCUCUCUAGAAUUGCCACAAACUGCAUGCUAAGUAAAGAAUUUGUUCUUACGGACAAAUCACAAACUCUAAAAAGCUAGUGCUGCUAUGUCAUAUAUGAAUAUUAAAUAUGGUAUGCUUACUAUACUCCGACCUAAAAUAGUUAACUACCUGAUACCAGCUGUGAUGUUUCAAGACAUAAAGGGUAACAUUUACUUUUGAAGAUUUUCUAAACAUAGUUUAAUUCUUGCAAACGUUGUCUUUUCUCCAUAACUAUACCUAAUGGAAAUGGUCCAAUUCAGUUAGCCUUGGGAGAUUCACAGUCCAUGAAUCUUUCAAGCUCAGCAAUAAUUAAUUUGUAUUGGCUAAAAACAUAUCCCGGUUGCACGUUUAGUUUGAACCCGAACUAUAAUUGGGGGUUUUCUUCUUGGUUAAAAAAACUCCUGGUUUUGCUCCCCGAGCAAUUUGACUCCAAGAGGGAGGAAGUGCAACAAAGCCCGGCGUCCUGCACGUCACCCUGCCAGUCUGAAAUUUUUAGCCAGAAACCCAAAGUAAAGCACAAAUUCUUUAGAUGCACAUGGUUGGUGUUUGACUUGUAUGGAGAAGUUGCAUUUGAGUCAUAGCAGAAUAGGAGAAGAAAAAAAAAAAAAAAAAGUGAGAAAUUUGCACAGUAUGAGCUUCAUACCCCCUUUCAGUCCCCAAAAGAACAAAGUCUUGAAAAUAUUAUUUUACGAGUAUAUUUAUAAUGUUUUUAAAAGAGACUUUGCAGAAGUGCCUAAAUUUUGUCACAUCAGACUUGGUGAAAGUGAGCCUGAUGCCAACAGUCAAUCCUAGCAGAGGCAAAUAUCUCUCAGACUCGUGGUCGGGUUACCCAAAAGAUCCGAGCUCUUAGGGAGUAACCUCGGCCGACGUAAAAUCAAAAGAAAAGACCAAACUGACAAAAGGAAAGGAGAAAAAGCAAGCUAUAGAUGAAGAGAAGUGUACAAUACUCUAAUUUAAUUAAAAUUCAGUUUAGUCACUGAGACUUCGUAAGUGACUUUAAUCUAGGUUAUUAACUGAACACUAAGAAUGUAGAACGAGAUUCAGUUUAAUAAAUCAUUACUGUAUUUGCAUUUUUUUUUUAAUUGGGUUAUGCGAUUGUAACCACAUUAGAAUGGAGAAAAAAUAGUUCUUUUAAUUGUUUUUCUUUAAAAACAUAUUUUAUGUCACGAAAGUAUGAAGAUAUCUUUAAUACAAUUAUAUACAUAUUAUAUAUACAUACAUACAUAUAUAUGGAUGAAGCAGAUUUUAAUGUUGUUUACUUUUUUAAAUACUUUGUUGAUUUACAAGGUAAUUAUAUAUGUAUAAUUAAAAUUUCAUUUGUUUGAUUUGAGAUUUGUUUCAAGCACUAUUGUACCAAAUAUUUCAUAUUUUCACAUUUUAUAUGUUGCACAUGUAUCACAGAAAUGACAUAGUUUUUAAAUUAUUGUUUGAAAAACAAGACAGCUGUUAUAAGUGGAUAUUAUGUAUAAUUGUUUGCAGCAUAAGUUUUCUAUGUGGACAUUAUUAGUGAUUGCAGUAUUUUAACUUAACCUCUUCAGAUUGAUUGUAAACUAUUUUAAACUUUGGCAGCACUGCCUGUUGGGAACGACUGAAGGCACUAAGAGUGGAACUGUUUGUCUAGGAAACGAUUUCCGGGCUAAAUCUUGUUCGUCCAAUGUCUAAUUACUAUCUAUUUAUAUAUAAAGCUGGAGAUUUGAUCAUCUGACAGGAAAAAAAAAAAAAAAAA